GGUUAUUACUUACGGAGUACGGAGUAUUACUCAUUGUAAUGCCAAAUACUUGAGAUUGGAUGGUUUGCCUAUAAAGAAGAGUUUCAUGUUCUGUAAAGUGCUUUGUAUGCUCAUUCAAAAUGUCUAGUUUGUAUCUUCAUCUUGAUGGAUUUUGAAAAUUUGAUAUACUCAUCCGCCUUAUUUCUUUUCCCCAUUUGACUGUUUUGUUUUAGUGUUCUUUGAGUCAAAUGAGACUUGAGUAAAAUGAGAUUGAGGAGUAUGAUUAAUUGAUUAUGUUAUGUAGCCAAUUGUUAAAUGGAAGUUUGGUUAAAAGAGGUUAGCAAGUUUUGUCAUAUCUCACAUUUUUGUACAACAAAGUGUGUCAUCUUGAUAGCUAAAGAAAACAAACUCUUUCCAAAUCACUACAAUCCUACCUACAGAUUAUGCCAAGUGCCAAAAACGUCUCCCUCUUGUAGUUGCAUAUGGCAAACAUGACAAAGAAAGCUCACUUCAAUUUUGCACUAUCAUAAAAUGCAUGCAAUCAAAUUUAAUCCCAUAUUAAACUCCACCUUGGGGCUUGGGUGAUAUCAAAAGGGUUAUUUCACAAAUUCAUUCCACAAAACUAGUAAAAACCAUGGCUACUACUUCAGCUUCUAGUCCAAUUCCCUCACUCAAAUCGCGUCUUAGAAACGGGGAUUGCCUGUAUGGUCUUUUCGUUGACAGUUUCUCUCCAACACUCGCCGAGAUUUCCGGCCAUGCCGGGUAUGAUUUUAUUGUUAUCGACAUGGAACACGGUUAUGGUGGGAUACCCGAGGCUCUCUCUUGCCUCAACGCCCUCGCCGCUUCUCAAACUCCAGCUAUUCUCCGGUUACCUGAAUGCUCUGCCAUGUGGGCUAAGAAGGCCCUGGAUUUGGGCCCACACGGGCUUAUGUUCCCCAUGAUUCACACCCCGGAGUUGGCUAAAGAGGCUGUCUCUUACUGCCGCUACCCACGAGGUGGUGUUCGAGGGGUGGCUCAUCCUAUUGCUCGGGCUUCCAAGUACGGUCUUGACCCGACAUACUUGGACUGGUGUGAGGAAGAGUUGCUUAUCAUGUGCCAGGUUGAGUCAGAGGAGGCUGUGCACAACAUUCAGGAGAUCACAGCCGUCGAUGGGCUGGACUGCAUCAUGGUUGGGCCAACUGAUCUGAGUGCUAACUUGGGUUAUAUUCGCGACCCGGGUAAUGAGAAUGCGGUGAAGAUGGUCCAGACUGUAGAGAACGCGGUGUUGGGUAUGAAGGAUAAGGGUGAUAGAAGGGUUUACCUAGCGGGGUUUGCUAUGCCACAUGACGAACCAAGUGAGCUGAAGAAGCGUGGGUAUCAUAUGGUUUGUGGUGCGGUUGAUAUUGUACUCUAUAGGGAUGCUGCUGUUAAGGAUGUCCUCAAGUUCAAAACUGCAGUUUAGGCCUAGUAUAGCAUGGCUUAACAGCUAAUAAAACUUCCAACAAUACACUUUUUAAGUGGCUUGCCUGCAUGUAAGAUUGAUCUUAAUAUCUUAUUAGUAGUACUAUGUUACGAUAAGGAAAAUUAUGUUAUGCGAAGUCCUAUUGAGAUGCAAUAUAAGACGUAAUUAAUAUUGUUUA